CUGAACAGCAGCAGAGCUGCAGCUGUAAAAGCUCUCUCACCGUUUAAGGAUUUUCGACAUAACACGGCUGAGUUCUUCGCUGGUAGAAACUGUGUGGUCAUGGCUGCUGCCAGCUGUCUGCUGUCUGAAGACCAGUUUCUGUGCUGCAUCUGUCUGGAAGUGUUCACAGAUCCAGUCAGUACACCAUGUGGACACAACUUCUGCAAGAACUGCAUCACUCAGCACUGGAACAGCAGUCCUCUGUGUCAGUGUCCAGUCUGUAAAAGGAAGUACUACACAAGACCCGAGCUCCAUGUCAAUACUUUCAUCUCUGAGAUGGCUGCUCAGUUCAAGCUGUCAGCUCAGCAGGAAGCCAGCAGCAGCAGCAGGAGGAGAUCAGAGCAACAGUCUGCUAAACCAGGAGAAGUUCUCUGUGAUGUUUGUACUGGGACCAAACUGAAGGCUCUGAAGUCCUGUCUGGUGUGUCUGACCUCCUACUGUGAGACUCACCUGCAGCCUCAUCAGACUGUUUCAGGCCUGAAGAGACAUCAGCUGAUCGACCCUGUUAAGAACCUGGAAUGGAUGAUGUGUUCAAAACACGAUAAACCGCUGGAGCUCUAUUGUAAGACCGACCAAAGGUGUGUCUGUGCUAUCUGCUCUGUUUCGGACCACAAGCGUCAUGAUGUUGUUCCUCUGACAGAAGAAUAUGAUGCAAAGAAGGCAGGGCUGGAGAAAACAGAGGCUGAAAUUCAGGAGAUGAUCCAGAAAAGAAAGAUUAAGAUUGGGGAAAUGAAACACUCUGUGCAGCUCAGUAAGAAAGAGGCAGACAGAGUGACAGCAGAAGGUGUUCAUAUCUUCACAUCUUUAAUAGAGUUUGCAAAGAGCAGCAUGAAAGAGCUGAUCAAGACGAUCGAAGAGCAGCAGAGAACAGCAGAGAAACAGGCUGAAGGCCACAUGAAGGAGCUAGAGCAGGAGCUUUCUGAACUUAUGCAGAAAAGCUCUGAGGUGGAGAAGCUCACACGGCCUGAAGACAUCCUUGACCUCAUCCAGAGUUUAUCUUCAGUGAAAACUGCUCCCCCAACCAAAGACUGGACAAACAUCAGUGUCCAUCUACCAUCAUACACAUGGAUGGUGGUGAGAAUUAUAAAUCAGGUGGAGAGUAAUCUCAGAAGUGAGAUAAGGAAAGUGACGAAGGCUGAACUGAAGAGGGUUAGGGAUUACAAAGUUAAGGUGACAUUUGACGCUGAUUCAGUUCAACCCAAAGCUCCCCAGUCUGCAAAUGAUAAUUGUAAAUGUGUUUUGUCAAAACAGGGUUUCUCUUUUGGAAGAUUUUACUUUGAGGUUUAUGUUAAAACCCAUGGUACAUGGACAGUAGGAGUGGCCAAAUACAUGAGCAACCUAAAGAGAGAAAGCACCAUACUGAGCCCUGCAAAUGGUUACUGGACUAUUUGCUCUGAGCAAUGGAGAUCGGGCCAUCCAGCCCUGAAUUCAGAAAUUAAGGAGGUGGGAGUGUUUAUAGAUUAUGAUGAAGGCCUGGUUUGCUUCUAUGAAAUCAAUUGUGCAGCUCUAAUUCACUCAUUUAUUGGCUGCUCUUUCACUGAGAAACUCUACCCGUUCUUCAGUACCUGCCGAAAUGAUGGGGUUCAAAUCCACACCAGUGCAUGUGUAAUAUCAUAGAUAAGUGUUUGAUCUUAGUUUAAAAAGCCAUAUUAUCUUUUCCAUUUGUCAAGAUUUUAAAUUUCACAUUUCCAUUUAAGAGCUUCAUUAUUACUACUGCUGACCAGUGAUUUUUCCCUUAAUCCUUUCCACAAAAGUGAUAAUAAGGUGUGGUCUAAAAUAAAUAUACAUAAAUAAGUCAAAAUAAGGGCAUUCACAUUCUUUCUAACUGUCGGUAAGCCUGAGUUAUGACCUUGGCUCCCUGUUUUUCUGCUUCCAACAAAGGUGGGGGUGAAGCUCCCGUGGAAUGUGCUCCGUUCUCCUUACUAUCAGAAAAAAAAGGCCCUGACUCUCUGAAUACAAAACACAAUAUUUUCUUCAUAACUCGGCAGUAUGAAAUGUCAUGAAACAGUGUAACUCACUCACAGCAAAUCAGCAGUAUAGGAUAAUACAAACCUAUCUAAUAAAUCUAAUUAUUU